AUGGCCUUUUCCAUAAGUGGGCCUUUGUCAUGUUCCCCCAACUGUUCUUCGAGAAAUAGUACUGACGAAGUUGCAAUCUCGAGUCCUUACUACACGCAUUUGGAUGACGAGUGGAUAACAAAAUCAUUUUCGUCCAGUACCAGCGAGAGUGAGCUCAGCGACUUCACUGUAGGAAGGUUUAAUCCAAUUUUGUCUGAGCGUCUGGAAAACCGCAAUUACUUUUCCAAAGUCUCUUACGAUCCCGUUACAAGCGAUUGUGUUCCUACGGUUUUGACUGACUAUACUUUUUCUCUAAAAGAUUCAACAGAUCCUUGUUUUCUUCGUUCGGUAUACAGGGCCGUCCCGAAAAGUCCCAACGAAAUUUCUUCUAGCUUGCCUUUCUCCUCUAUCGCACAUCCAUUUUCAAUCGGUAAUCCUAGCUGCGUGUACAACUGGGAAAAUGAAAAGGAAUUAUCAAUUCCACAUUGCGUAACUUGCGGUGCAUACUUUAGUUUCCACAGUAGCGCAAUUUUUAGCGGUUCACAAUGGAGAUGUGAGUUUUGCGAUAUCUGCAAUAGUAUAACAGAUGACUUUAGCUGUCUUCUUCAAAAUAUGAUAAUGGAGAGAGAAGGCUCCACAGAAAAUAACCUGAUGAAACCAUCAUUUGAUGCUUUGCUAAAGGAACCUUCAGCCAAAAGUCCAUUUCUAAAUAUCUUUCUAAUUGACAUAUCUCGUACUUCAGCAAGCACCGGAUUCAAACGAAGUAUAGCCGAGGCUAUCAAGUUUACACUAGCAAGCGAAAAAUAUCAAACCAAGUUUUCGAAAUCUAGGGUCCUGUUUAUUGGCUAUGACAAUGCUUUACACUUUUAUCGCUUGUCCAAUCAAAGGGUUAACGAAAAUGUUAUGGUCGAUCUCGAAGAGGAUGAAUUGGUAUUUCCCUAUGAUACUUCCAUUGAUCCAAAUCAAAAUCGAUUGGACGUAGUUCGUAUUUUGAGCCACAUUGAAAACAGUUCUGAUGAUAAGGCCAAUGGAUGCAAUGCCUUAUUACACGCUGUGAAAAUCACAGCUAAACUGCUUGAAGAAAGGCAAGGAAAGAUACAUGUCCUUGGACUGGAUAACACUAUACAAAAACAGUAUCCUUCAUUGCUAGAGAAAAGAAGGAGACAGCAAUCAUUGCAAUUGUACACACAGCGCUUGAUCGAACAUGGAAUUUCCAUAGACUUAUUCAUGUUGGAAAACGAUUCAGAAAUAUAUAAUGACUUGAUCGAACAACUAUGUUUAAAAACAGGUGGAAAUUACCACUUCUAUCUAACUAGUAGUUCGGCACAGUCAACUUUGAAGGAGGAUGUAUUAGAAUCUUUGAGUGGAUUCAUAGGCACCCAUGUAAAAAUAAAGAUUUCCGCUUCAAAGGGUCUCCGGGUUAAGCAAAUUAAAGCAGGAGAAGUUGCUGACUAUCCCAAGGACAACGUGGUAAACAUUUCUGCGAUAAAUUCAGAGACCGCUAUCUAUUUUGAACUAGAACAAACCGCUAGUAUACUAAGCCAAACUGCUUCUAUCCAAGUCCUUACUUUCUACAGGACAGUUGAAAGCUCAGAAAGGGUAAGAUGUCAUCACAUACGUUUACCAAUUGUAUCAUCCAAAAAGGAGGUUUUUUCCAAAGCAGAUUGUGAAACAUUAGUUGCUAGCAUGGCGAAACAUGCUGCGUAUGUCUCAACUACCCGAAAUCUUAAAAAUUGGUUUUGCAGAAAAAUCAUAGAUCUUCUUGUUGAAUACCGCGGUCAGCAAGGUAAAGAUCCAGAGAUAUAUGAAAACUUGCCAGGAAACUUACAAAGUUAUCCGUCGUAUAUGAUGGCACUGAUGAAAUCAAGGGUUUUUAUCAAUAAUCCAUCAAAACCAGGUAGAAAUACUUAUUUCAACUUCAGAAUCAAAACGGGGCAUGUCAAAAUAAUUUGUAUGAUGAUUUAUCCACUUAUCAUUCCUCUUCACAAUAUGGGCUUUAAAUCAGGAUUUGAAGAUUCAGAUUGUCAGUUGAACAUUCCGGAACCUAUCGCUGCUUCCAGUCGAUGCCUGAAAAUUAAUGGGAUCUAUUUGUCUUUUAUACAGGGGAAAAUUUACCUGUGGACGCACGGUGGAGUUCCAAGUACUUCAUUCUGUACUUUUCUAGAUUCUGGCAAAGGAAAUAUUCCUAUGCAGACAUCAAAUCCUCAUGAAUACAAGUCAAGAUUUGCGAUACAAAUUGAAAACAUUUGCAAUUACUUAACAAAAAUUACGGAAGUCGAUUUUUCUCGUGUUCAUUACAUAUCCCAGCAGGAUAAUGGCGAAACGCAAAAAGAAAUUCUAGAAUGCUCAUUUGGCCUAGUUGAAGAUCAACUUUUUAACUCAAUGGACCUGGAACAAUUUCAGAAUAACCUCAAAGUCCUCGCUCAAGAGAAGGGUCAAAAUAAAGGGACAUUUUCUUCACUUAAUGUUAAAGACGUGAAAUCAUUCUUCCAUAAAAUUAGGUUCCAAAAACAAGACAUAUUCAAACAAAUUGCUUGA